CGUGGUUGUGUAUGGAAUAACUCAACGAGUUUCAGAAACAUAUUGAUUCUCGAUUUCCGCCUCAGGCACUUAACUUUCCCCACAUCAUACUUUAGACCCCUGUCGCCGGUUGAUCCCCGGCUUCCACCUUGCAUAAUUUUUAAAUUUUGUUGCCGUCACCACAACACCCCUCCACUACCUUACCGUUCCUCCAUCCUACCUUCCUUCGUCUUUUCGACCUGGAAUUUACAACCAUGCGCUCAAACCCCAACAUCGUAGUCACCGGCACGCCUGGCGUAGGCAAAACCACCCAUGCCGAGCUCCUCGCGCGCAACACCGGCCUCAAGCACCUCAGCAUCAACGACAUCGUCAAAACCGAGAAAUGCCACGAAGGAUGGGACGAUGAGCUAGAAACCUGGAUUGUAGACGAAGACAAGCUCCUCGACACCCUCGAAGACCUCGUCGCGCCCGGCGGCCAAAUCCUCGACUGGCACGCCUGCGACCUCUUCCCCGUGCGAUGGGUGGACCUUGUAGUGGUUGUGCGUUGCGACAGCACGAUCUUGUAUGAUCGAUUGACGGCGCGGGGCUACAAGGGCAAGAAGCUGGAGGAGAAUAUGGAUGCGGAGAUCAUGCAGGUACUACUUGAGGAAGCGCGGGAGAGCUAUGAGAAGGAGAUUGUGGUAGAGUUGAGGAGCGAUACUGCGGAGGAGGUAGAGGGGAAUGUGGAGAGGAUUGAGGCGUGGAUUACGCAGUGGAAGAAGGAUCGGGAGGAUGAGGAAAAGAAAUAGAGCGGGAUGCGUCAAGACAAUGGGAAGGUCUUUAGACUGAAGAUUUGUUCUUUCUGGGUCUACGG